AUGGCCGAAGCAGCUAGUUCAGUGGGUCAAACCGCUGACUUCGAAACGGCGAUUGCCGAAUGCGGCUUCGGGCUCUUCAAUGUGUUCAUUAUGAUCUGUUCGAUGCCUUGCCUCUCGGCCAUGGUCUUCUCUGCCACGGCCAUGUCGUAUGUUAUGCCCACGGCCGAGUGUGAGUUGAAGCUAUCGCUGCUGGACAAGGGCAUGAUGAAUGCUGUCACGUAUGCUGGUAUGAUCAUUUCGGCCAUACCCUGGGGAUUUGUGGCGGAUACGAUGGGUCGUCGCUUGGUCUUGAUUAGUGGCGGUUGGAUCGAUGGCAUCUGUGUUUUGUGUGCGGCCAUGAGUCAGAACUCAUCCCAGCUGAUGGCCUUUAAGUUCUUUGAUGGAUUUAUCGUCUGCGGCCCUUUUGCCGUGGUUGUCAGCAAUCUGGCCGAAUUCCAUGGCAAAAAGCAUAGGCACUUUAUAAUGCUUUUUAUUGGACUCAGCGUAUCUCUUGGCGCACUAACGAUAACCCUGAUGGCUUACUUUCUGCUGCCCGUUCACAUUUACUUUAAUGUUGGCAAAUUUCAUUUUCACACCUGGCAGAUCUUUCUGGCAUUGACCGCAUUGCCUAGCCUUACAAGUGGCUUUCUGCAUAUCUUUUUACCUGAGAGUCCCAAGUUCCUGAUGUCCCAGGGCAACUACAGCAAGGCAUUAAGUUCCUUGCAACGCAUCUAUGCAAUGAAUAAACGCAAGAGUCGCGACUCUUAUCCGAUCACAACGCUAACGGAUGCCACUCCAGAGCGAUCCGAGUUGCAAGAUCCAACAGGAGAAAGUCCUUUACGUGAGCGGUUUGACCGAACCAAGCGCAGGUUCUACGAGGGCCUGAAGCAGCUGAAGCCAAUGUUUUGCAGUCCAUAUCUGGCAUUAUCCACCAGGGUGUAUAGCCUGCAUUUUUGUCAGAUUAUGUGUGUGAACUCAGUGCGUCUGUGGUUGCCACAAAUCUUUGCCACAAUGCAGACAUUUCAGGUAAACGGGAUUCUUGAUAAGAGCAUGUGUGCCGUUUUAGAUCAUAAUACGAAUCGACGCAGCAAUACCGCAGUAUUGAAGGAGGAGUGCGACAUACAUCAGCAACCGGAGACAUAUACGAAUAACAUUAUUGUGGCACUCGUUGGUCUGGUUGGGUUUCUCCUCUUCUUUCCAAUCUUGCGCAUUCGAGGAGUUGUCAAUCACAUACUGAAGGUCUGUCUCUUUAUAAGUACCUUUCUUGUGGGUGGACUUUAUUUCUCCACCUCCAUGGGAAUGACUCUCAUAAUAGCCUCCAUCUAUUUGACAAUCAUGGGAGUUUGUGCAUCAACAAUAAUCGGUAUGAGUGUGGUCGUAUUUCCCACUCUAAUGAGAACGAUGGUUUUAUUGCUGAUCAUGACAUUCGGACGUUUGGGUUCGGUUACCGGAAAUCUUUUGCUACCGAUCUUCAUACAAAUGAGCUGCUGGGCGCCUUUUCUUUGGCUUACUUCACUAAUGACCAUUGCCUUCGUAAUGUCAUUGUUCUUAAAAGUGGAUUUCCAGCAGCCGCUAAAUUAACCUUUGUCGCGACAUAUUUUAUUAAAUGACCAUGGGCAUUCGUAUGGGCAAAUAUAGCAUCAUUAAUCCAAAUAAAGGUUCCCAAUUUGACAGUCAGCGUAAUUGGGACAAAGCCUCUUCA